AUGCUGCUCGGCAACAAUCGAUUCCACCUCUCCGGGGCUCUCCUGCUGGUCGUCACCAUCUUGUUCUUCAUCUGCCACCACGCGCUGAGCACGUCGACGCCAGACGAGCUUAAUAGAUCGCAAUUCCGUGCGCUGCCUGUGGCCCAGUCGAAGCGCGUGCAAUCGCCUUUGACCGACUCGGACACGGCGAAACACGCCCAUCUGGCUGUGCCAGCGAUCCCCGCAGCCUUGCGACCGACAGGCGUCUCGUCAUCCCUGUCGCGACAGAAAAAACCGCCGUAUCGCGUCAAUACGAUUGAUGUCGGCGACGUCGCGCUGCUGCUGUACACGGACGCCUCGGUGAUCGGACAGCAUCUGCCCAUCCAUCUCGUGACCAGCCUGUUGCCCGAGCGCAUCGAGCCGGACAACGUCCUGAUCUACUCAAACCGCCCGGAUACCAUUGGCGACUGGCACAUCGUCGACGCCUUUGAAAAUUCCACGACUACGACUACGAUUACGACUACGCGCCGAAAACAAAAACACCACUCGCAGGCAUCACUCUCACACCACAAAUCCGGCCACAGCAGCGACAACAAGUUCCUACCGCUACUCCAGCAUGCCGGCCGGAACAAACCGCACGCAAAAUGGUACAUCUACAUGGAAGACGAGUCUUACAUCUUCCUCAAUAAUUUGCUACAUCACCUGAGCACGUUUAGUUGGGAGGAGCCCUGGUACAUCGCGUCAUCAGAGACGUCGCGACGUGGAUUUUUUGCCUUGUCGCGCACCGCAUGGGAGCAGGUCUUUGGCGGGGAGGAGACGGAAACCCUGCAGGCGAGAUUCGUUUCUGGGCUAGACGAUCGCCAUGUUUUAGACCGCGUGCUAAAGGAAGACGGGGUCAUGUUCGGCUCUAGCGACGUAGCGGUAGCACGCUCCGAGGAAUUCUCGCAGUCACAGUCGCAUCGCGCCAGUGCGAUCAACCGCGAGAAUUGGUGCGCGCCGGUGUACAGCUGGCAUGGUGCCUCGGGCCGGGAUAUUUCCAGGCUGCAUGGACUAGAACUGAACUGGCAUUCAAUUUCCAAGCGAACGCUACAGUACCGCGACAUCUACACGCAUCUGAUCGCCCACGAGAUGAGCCACGGCCGCAUCGACUGGGCGUUGGCAGCAGGCGAAGCGCAUGCGGCUGAAUACGAAAUCACAGCAGCCACAGCGGACGAUCCUGCUGGCAUGCCACAAGACGUUGGAUCGACUGCGGCUUGGCAGCAGGGCUGGCAGUCGGCGGACGCGUGCGAGACAGCGUGCGCGCUGUGGCCGGCAUGCGUGCAGUGGAGCUUUGUGGGAGUUGACGAUGAUGACCACCAGCGGUGCCGGGUCGAUCGCCAGGUGGUGUUUACUUUUGUGGGCGAUGGGCUGCAGAGCACCAGCGGGUGGAUGGCCAGCCGGAUUGACGAGUGGGCGUGUUGA